AAAUUAAAAUAAAAUAUUAACAAAAAUAAAGUGAAUAUCAAAGAACAAGCAAUUAGUAAAUCACUAAAGUAUUACAAUACCUAAGACCAGUGCCUAACCUACGGUUAAACUUAACGUUAACUAAUCCUUCAAGAUAAUCGCCAAUAUCCGGAGAUAACGCCAACCUGUCUGAAGUUCGCGGCUUUCCAAGAGACUUUUCGACUGUGUUCAAUCAAAUUAGUGAAUAUGCCAGAUAAGGAUGAGACUCCCUCGCUCUUGAAGCGUGCCGGCACGGACAAGCUGCGCGAGGUCUUCCUGAAGUAUGCCUCUCUCCAGAAGAAUGGGGAGCACUACAUGACCAGCGAGGACUUUGUCCGCAAAUUUCUGGGUCUCUUUUCGGAAUCUGCAUUUAAUGAUGAAUCGGUCCGCCUUUUAGCUGGCAUUGCUGAUACCAGCAAGGAUGGUCUCAUCUCGUUCUCUGAGUUCCAGGCCUUUGAGGGUCUGCUAUGCAAGCCCGAUGCCCUCUACAGGACAGCCUUUCAGUUGUUUGAUAGAAAAGGCAAUGGGACCGUUUCAUUUGCUGAUUUUGCUGAAGUCGUACAAAAAACCGAACUGCACUCAAAGAUACCUUUUAGCUUAGACGGACCCUUUAUCAAGCGCUACUUUGGUGAUAAGAAGCAACGCCUUAUCAACUAUGCUGAGUUCACGCAACUGUUGCACGAUUUCCAUGAGGAGCAUGCAAUGGAGGCCUUCCGCAGCAGGGAUCCAGCUGGCACUGGGUUCAUCUCCCCCUUGGACUUCCAGGACAUAAUCGUUAAGGUCAAGCGGCAUUUACUGACCCCCGGCGUCAAGGAUAACCUGGUUUCGGUCACCGAGGGUCACAAAGUGAGCUUCCCGUAUUUCAUGGCAUUUACCUCGCUGCUAAACAACAUGGAACUGAUCAAGCAAGUUUACCUGCACGCCACCGAGGGCAGUCGCACGGACAUGGUCACCAAGGACCAAAUCCUUCAAGCCGCCCAAACCAUGAGCCAGAUUACGCCGCUGGAGAUUGAUAUCCUGUUCCAUCUCGCCGGUGCCGUCCACCAAGCAGGUCGCAUCGACUACAGUGACCUGAGCAACAUUGCACCCGAGCACUACACCAAGCAUAUCACACAUCGUCUGGCCGAGAUCAAGGUGGUGGAGAGUGCAGCCAAUCGGUCUGCCUUCAUUCAGAUCCUGGAGAGCUCCUAUCGCUUCACCCUGGGCUCCUUUGCGGGCGCUGUGGGAGCCACCGUGGUCUAUCCCAUCGAUCUCGUCAAGACUCGUAUGCAAAACCAGCGUGCAGGCUCCUACAUUGGUGAAGUGGCCUACAGGAACUCAUGGGAUUGCUUCAAGAAGGUGAUCCGCCACGAAGGCGUCCUUGGUCUAUACCGAGGUCUGCUGCCCCAACUGCUUGGCGUGGCUCCAGAGAAGGCCAUCAAGCUGACGAUGAACGAUUUGGUGAGGGACAAGUUCACGGACAAAAAGGGCAACAUUCCGACCUGGGCGGAGGUUCUAGCCGGUGGCGUUGCCGGUGGCUCACAGGUUGUGUUCACCAAUCCCCUGGAGAUUGUAAAGAUCCGACUGCAAGUGGCCGGUGAGAUUGCCAGCGGAUCCAAGAUCCGUGCCUGGUCUGUGGUCAAGGAACUGGGACUCUUUGGUCUCUACAAGGGAGCCAGGGCCUGUCUGCUGCGUGACGUGCCUUUCUCGGCCAUCUAUUUCCCUACCUAUGCCCACACCAAGGCCUUGAUGGCCGACAAGGACGGCUAUAAUCACCCGCUUACUCUGCUGGCCGCCGGUGCCAUUGCUGGUGUUCCAGCCGCCUCACUCGUCACGCCCGCCGAUGUAAUCAAGACCCGCCUUCAGGUGGUGGCCCGCUCCGGACAGACAACGUACACGGGUGUCUGGGAUGCCACCAAGAAGAUUAUGGCUGAGGAGGGUCCACGAGCCUUCUGGAAGGGAACGGCAGCUCGUGUGUUCCGUUCCUCGCCGCAGUUUGGCGUGACCCUGGUGACCUAUGAGCUGCUGCAACGUCUCUUCUAUGUGGACUUUGGUGGCAGCCAGCCCAAGGGUUCGGAGGCGCACAAGGUUUCGAAUCCCAUAGAGACGGCGGCGGCCAAGAUCACCUAUGAGAACCUCGAUCACAUUGGUGGCUAUCGGGCGGCAAUUCCUCUCCUCGCCGGCGUAGAGUCCAAAUUCGGCCUGUACCUGCCACGUUUCGGGCGCGGAGUUGCCGCUGGCACGCCCACAACGACGACGACGACCGGAUCCUGAUUAUACUGGCGCCACCGCCUGCCCAGCGCCACGUAGUCGAUGGAUUGCUAAGAAGUGGCAGCGGGAUUGGUGAAUGCUGCAGACCAGAUGAGAUGGUAUAUAUUUUUUGCUAGGACGCGUUUACACAAAAUACACACACAGAAGCACUGAGGAUAUUUCUAAACAAGGAUCGGAUCAAGGAUCCGGGGAGCAGCGCAUAAUCUAUCGUACUAUUGUAUCUGAAUAAAAAAAGCAGGGACGAAAUCCACGAAUCCUGCGGCAGCCGGCUCUGAGCAACUGUUUUUACCACACACACACCCAAAAGUAAAUAAGAAAGUAAAUGAUAAUUGUAAAAGCUAUAAAAUAUAUAUAUAGAAACGAUUUUAGCGGGUGCAUCAAUAAAUUUAGGCAAGUGUAGAACUGUUUUUUGUAAACUUUGUUAACUAGUUUAAAGUCUAGAGCAACUACCAAUCACACUGAACGUCAACUUUUGCACUCAAUGGAACUAUUAAAGCGUAAACCUUCUAAUCUUAGUACGAAUUUUGUUCAAAACAAUUAUCAAGCAAAGGAAAUGCAAUGAAUGACCUCUUA